AUGGGAGAUUGGAACUUGCUUGGGAGUAUCUUAGAGGAGGUUCACAUUCACUCCACCAUUGUGGGCAAAAUCUGGCUUACCAUUCUUUUCAUUUUCCGCAUGCUGGUACUUGGGGUUGCUGCGGAAGACGUAUGGGAUGAUGAGCAAAGUGAGUUUGUGUGCAACACAGAACAGCCUGGAUGCAAAAAUGUCUGUUAUGACCAGGCGUUCCCCAUAUCUCUUAUCCGAUACUGGGUCUUACAGAUCAUCUUUGUCUCCUCGCCAUCUCUGGUGUACAUGGGACACGCACUCUACCGGCUCCGAGCUCUGGAGAAAGAGCGGCACAAGAAGAAAGUCCAGCUGAAGGUGGAGCUGGAAGAGAGUGAAGCUUUGGAAGAACACAAAAGAAUCGAAAAAGAGCUUCGGAAGCUGGAGGAGCAGAAGAAAGUGAGGAAGGCCCCUCUGAGGGGUUCCUUGCUGCGCACAUAUGUGUUCCAUAUCUUAACCAGGUCAGUGGUGGAGGUGGGAUUCAUAGUGGGGCAGUACAUGCUCUACGGUAUUGGACUGGCGCCCCUGUACAAGUGUGAGCGUGAUCCUUGCCCCAACAGCGUUGACUGCUUUGUUUCAAGGCCGACAGAGAAGAACAUCUUCAUGAUUUUCAUGCUGGUCAUUGCAGGAGUGUCCUUGUUCCUCAAUCUCCUGGAGAUAUUCCACCUUGGUGUGAAAAAGAUCAAGCAGACCAUAUAUGGAUCCAUGUACAGCGACGACGACAGCAUUUGCAGGUCAAAGAAAAACUCCAUGGUCCAACAAGUGUGCUUCCUUACCAAUUCCUCACCACAAAAACAGUUGCAUUUGACACACACUUCCCUUGCCGUGGCACCUGAUGGACAGAUGGUACCUUUGCCUCUCUAUAUGCAGACAGCUGGUCAUGUGGUGUCCAACAUUAACCCUAAUGGAUCUGUGCAGCCUCUGAGACAGGACCGUCUUCCAAGCCAACCCGAAAUUCAAGUUCUUCAACAACUUGGAACUAAAGAACGACUGUCCAUUCCAGACAAUCGUCUGUUAUCCUGCAGCAGUGAGGAUUCUGGCCCCAAAAGUUCCGAACCACCAAAAUAUUCUCAGCAGCCCCGAGCUUCAUUCAGAGCCAGUCAUAUAGAAAUACCAGCAGCAUUACGGAAGCACAGCCGUGUCAGUCAGUGUAAAGACUUCAGUGAGGAGAGUGAUUCAGUGGAAAGCGGAAACUAUCCUACUGCCAGGAAAGCCAGCUUCAUGUCGCGGGGUCUUUCAGAGAGCCCGUCUGAGAGUGCAGCCUCCAAGAGUGGAUCAGACACAGAGGCCAACCGUAUCACUCAAAGCGAGAGUCCCGCUAUAACACCACCCCCAGCAGCAGGACGCCGAAUGUCAAUGAGCAUGAUCCUGGAACUUUCUUCAAUCAUGAAAAAGUGA